AACCCCCCGACAAAACCAGGAGCAAGACCUAAUGAAAAUUUGAAAAAGGAAGUCACCUAAAACUUUGCAGUGUGUGGAAAAAGGCUAAUAAGUUCAUUCAUAAUUCAGCAUAAAGUUCUUCUCUGCAAUUGCACCUUCGAAAGCCAGUUAGAAGCUUUUAUAUUUAAGCUGAAUGUAAAAUUCUUUGGUUUUUAAAUGUCAUUGACAAAGCUCAGUUUUCCUUCAACCACAAACAAUAUUAUUUUAACUUAGCAGAUUUCAGUCCCUUCUCUUUCGUUGAUAGAAUGAAAUGACAAACAAGAAGCCUUCUAAAAACUGUUUGUCUAUACUAGAUGCCAAUAAGGUAAUGUUUAUUUCAACUGUAAAACAUUUAUACAUUUUGCUCUACUUGGAAACAUUUGAGAAAUUGUGUUGAAGUCAAAUUGUCUUUUAUUAGGAAACUUCAAAAUCUUUGUUUCUAUGUGGUUAACCAGUCAUUGAACUCAAAAAGCAUCCACUUUUGAAAGGAGGAAAGACUGACAAUUUAGCAAGUUGACUAGAUUUUGAGUCGUGAAAGCACUUAACCAUAUUCAUAGAUUGGGAGGUAAUCUUAUAUGUGGAAAUGCGAGGAGGAAAGAUCGGUUGUUUAGCGAUGGUUGAUUCUUGGAGCAUUCCCUUCCUUGAUGCUUUUGGCCAGUCUAAAAAUGUUCAGUUAUAUGAGGUAUCCUUCAUAGAUUCAUGGUUAUUGACUCGCAAUCCCAUAAAGAAGAUUCUACUUCGGAUAAUGAGGAAAUCUAAGCCUGCAGAGAGGAACAAUAUAGUGCAGUCACAGAUAGUUUAUUCAUUUGGCGAUCAUUAUGACUUCAGAAAGGAGCUUAAAAUUUUGAACCUUCUUACUGGGUAUAUUUAUUUGAUCGACAAACUUGGGAGAAUUCGAUGGCAAGGUUCUGGAUUUGCAACACCAGAUGAGUUGUCAUCACUUGUAUCCUGUACUUCGUUUCUGUUGGAAGAGAAAUAAGGAAUAAAAAUAUUGCUUUGGAUGAGCAUGAUUGAAGAUUGAGCAAAAUGGACUUGUGUGAUUACUGUCUUGUAAUUACCUUGUUUUCCAAUCCUUUGAGCUUUAGAUCAUUCAUCAGUGUCUCAACUUCCAGAAGGGACUACGGAACUGCUUUUGCAGGUCUCCACUCAAUGGAAUUUUACAUUUUAAUUGGUAUCUUUGCAAUGGAGUAGAUUCUCUUAUGAAACACGAUCAAUUUCAUCUUUAUAUUUUUUUUAUUACCCUGGGAUGUCAUAAAGGGAAAUUAAUGUCACGAAUUUCUUGUCGGAACACGUGCUUACUGCAUUAUCGUUGGUUAAUAAACAUUUGAGUAUCAGAACAUCACUUGCCUACCUAACCUUUUAUGGAUUUCUCGUGAUUAAAGAUUCAGCAACUUGGUCAGAA